AUGGAGGCGCCGCAGGGGCAGUGGGACGUGACUGCUGGUGCGGGAGAGGGGCAGCAGGCGGAGGCCGAAGGCGAGACGUCACAGCCCGAGGCGAAAGGCGGCAAGGAAACGGAGAACGCUAACGAAGGAAAGGGGCAGCUAUCCAGGGAGGAAGGGGAAGAGGCAGAGAGAGGGAUGGUGGCCGGAGAAGAAGAGGCAACGCCGGACAGAGACAAAGUGCCAGAGGAGGAGAAGACAGCGCCGGAGGAGAGAGGGUUGGAGGAAGAUAAGGUGGAAGGGGAGGAGAACGUGGUAGAGCAGAAAGAGGGAGAGGAAGUAAAGCCGGAGGAAGAGCAGCCGGAACAAGGAGGGAGGGAAGCGGAAGAUCAGGAAACACAGGAGGGGCAACAAGACAAAGAGAAGUCGGCCGAGGAAGUUGCGGAGGGAGAGAAACCGGCCGAGGAAGUUGCCGAGGGAGAGAAGCCGGCCGAGGAAGUUGCCAAGGGAGAGAAGCCGGCCGAGGAAGUUGCCCAGGGAGAGAAGCCGGCAGAGGAAGUUGCCGAGGGAGAGAAACCGGCCGAGGAAGUUGCCGAGGGAGAGAAACCGACAGAGGAAGUUGCCGAGGGAGAGAAACCGGCCGAGGAAGUUGCGGAGGGAGAGAAGCCGGCCGAGGAAGUUGCCGAGGGAGAGAAACCGGCCGAGGAAGUUGCCGAGGAAGAGAAGCCGGCCGAGGAAGUUGCCGAGGGAGAGAAGCCGGCAGAGGAAGUUGCCGAGGGAGAGAAACCGGCCGAGGAAGUUGCCGAGGGAGAGAAACCGGUCGAGGAAGUUGCUGAGGGAGAGAAGCCGGUAGAGGAAGUUGUGGAGGAAGAGAAGCCGGCUGAGGAAGUUGCAGAAGGAGAGAAGCCGGCAGAGGAAGUUGCUGAGGGAGAGAAGCCGAGAAGCCGGUAG